AUCUGCUUUUUCAAAUUUUGUGAUUCUCACCAAAAUGGUAUCUAAUUCGGAUUAUUAAUAGAAAUCUUAUUUUAUCUGAGGAAAAAAAACAAUAGUCAUUCAGCUUUGUAGCUGGCCAAUACAGCCUUAUCCCUUCAAAGGUCAAAGUCUUCCUUCCCUUGAGGAGGUUGUCGACUUCUGGGGUCUGGUUGUUUUGUUUCUGGAGUUUAAUAUUAUUUUUUUUAUAUCCAAGAUGCCUUUUCCGGUCAGCCUGAAACGAUAAUUGACAAAAGAAUGAGCUGCUCUUUGAUUUAUUUAUUAUGCAUAUAUUUCAAGCAAUGACCUCACAUAAAUCUUUCAAACCUGACGCCUUUCAAGGUAUCAAACCAGAAUUCCACAAGCGUCAUAGCCUCUUCGCACUGAAAGAGACCUCUCUCAGCAUGUUGCCAGAAGAUUGUCUUUCUGCUAUCCUUUCCUUCACUACCCCAGAAGAUGCAUUCAGGUCAUCGUUGGUUUCAUCGACUUUUCGAUCAGCAGUUGAUUCGGAUGUGGUUUGGGAAAGUUUUCUACCUCCGGAUUAUCCUGAGAUAGUAUUGAGUUCGGUCUCUCCUCUGAAGUUUUCUUCAAAGAAAGAGCUGUUUCAGUGUCUUUGUGACCCUGUUCUCAUAGAUGGUGGUAACAAGAUUUUCAAGUUGGAGAAAUCAUCAGGCAAAAAAUCUUACAUGUUAUCAGCAAAAGAGCUUUCCAUCACAUGGAGCUCCAAUCCAUUGUAUUGGGGCUGGAUAUCUAUGUCUGAAUCAAGGUUCUCCAGAGUUGCUGUGUUAAGAACAACUGAUUGGUUAGAAAUCCGAGGCAAUAUCAGGACUCAAAUCCUGACCCCGAACACUACUUAUGGAGCUUAUCUCAUACUGAAAAUCUCCGACCGUGCAUAUGGGCUUGAUUCCAUGCCAUCAGAGAUAACUGUGGAAGUGGGAAACCAAGUGUCUUCUGGCAGUGUUUUCCUGCAGCAUCAAGAGAGCAAGAAACAGAGGGAGAUGUGGAAACUGGUCGAAGGGAAUCACCAAGGAGUUCUGAGUGAAAGGGGAGAUAGGUGGAUGGAGAUUGAGCUGGGGCAGUUCUUCAGUGGGGAAAACGAUGAGGAAGUGAAGAUGAGUUUGUUGGAGGUGAAGGGUUGCCAUCUGAAGGGAGGCCUUGUAAUUGAAGGCAUUGAAGUGAGGCCAAAAGAACAUCAAUGAAAAAAAAGAAAGAAAUGUUUCAUGUUUCCAAUUUCUUGUUCUAUUAAAGGAAAAUAAGGAAGAACUUGUGUACUUCCUCGUUUCAAUUGCACUUGCUUUUGUUGAUCCCAAAUACGUAUCUUUUUGUCCUCUCUCUCUUUCUCUCUCUUGUAAAAUUAUCCUUUGGGUGUGUGUAUAUAAAUAUAUUCAAGAAGAUUGUAAAGAAUGGGGAUUGGAUAUGGCUACCUAAUUCCUUUGGGGAUUAA